ACGUGAAAAAUGCAGCGCAUUGAUGCUGUUGAAACCAUGUCCACUACGAAUCAACAUUUUUCGUGAAUAAUUUUCUUUGGAUCAUACAACCAAUCGCGCAGCCAACAACAACACACGUUUUAUCUUCGCGAAACAAGUAUCAAGCCGAGAGGGCCACCCCGCCGGUAUGUAAGGUAGGUUCCAUUUAUUUCGCCCUGCUAGCUAGCUUUGGUCGAAUUUGUAUCAGUUGCCACGACCCAGGAAUAAGUUGCAAAAUGUCGGUCCCUGCUCGAGAGCGGUCGCCGCGGCGAAACAAAUGGGACGACGACACCGGAGCAGCAGGAAUAGACGCGGCCCCAAUGAACAACAAUAUGUUCCGAGACAUGCUGAACGACCCCUCUCUGUACGCUCCAAGCGACCCAGGUGCCGCCUUUGCAGCACAGCAGCAGGGGGCCAGCGGGACGAGCAUGAACCCGUUUGGGAUUGACGAAAACGCCAUGAUGCAAAACGCGGGAUAUGCGCCGUCAACGAGCAGCACGGCGGAAGGCAUAAAUCCGCUGACAAAUGUCCCAUACACGGAGAGAUAUUGGAGUACUGAUAUGCUGUUGUGUUUUUUUUCAUCCGAAUCUUUCCUCCUUUGCGUCUUUGUAGAAGCAUGUCGAUACGAGGGGGCGCGCAUUCUACAUUCUUUGGGAUCAGGGUAUGUGAUGCUCCAUACAUUGGUCUUCUUUAAUCAGAAAAGCUUGGCGCUCGACAAAUCAAUUUCUCGACAUCUUCAACCCAUAUCAGGCAUCAUGGAGAAACGCAAGACCCUUCCCUGCGCCGCGGCGAAGAAGGAUUUCUUGAAAUUGGUCAAAAAGAACCAGGUCACAGUCCUCGUCGGUGAGACUGGUUCCGGGAAGACCACGCAGAUGCCGCAGUUUAUUCUGGACGCGGGUUACGCGGCCUUUGGCAAAUGCGUCGCGUGCACGCAGCCCCGGCGAGUGGCCGCGAUGUCGGUUGCCCAGCGUGUCGCCGACGAGAUGGACGUGGAACUUGGGACUUUUUGCGGUUACAGCAUUCGUUUCGAGGACCGAACGAGCGCGCAAACACUGUUAAAGUACAUGACGGACGGUAUGCUGCUCCGGGAGGCCAUGACGGAGCCAACCCUGUCCAGGUAGAAGAUUACAGCGUGCUUCUGCAAUUUGCGGAUUCAAGAUCACAAAAUUAUUUUUUGAUCGCGGCGUUGUUCAGUAUCUUUUGCUUGGUUUCUUUACAAAAAGGAAACUACUGAGCACCACUUUCUUCACACAACGUGCCACAGGUACAGCUGCAUCAUUUUGGAUGAAGCGCACGAGCGUACGCUCGCGACGGACGUAUUGUUCGGCCUUUUGAAGAACAUCAUGCCGAAGCGCCCCGACCUGAAGAUCGUCGUGAUGUCUGCUACUCUUGACGCGGAAAAAAUGCAGACGUACUUCAACAACGCGCCCAUGAUAAACGUUCCGGGGCGCACGUUCCCCGUCGAAAUCUACUACACGCCCGAGCCAGAGAAGGACUACCUGCAAGCCGCGCUCCGCACCGUUCUCAUGAUCCACAACGAGGAGCCUGCCGGGGACAUCCUGUUGUUCCUUACCGGUGAGGAGGAGAUCGAAUACGCGUGCCGGACCAUGAUGCAGUCCGCGAGGACGACGGAACUCGAAGCCGGGGAACUGAAAGCAAUCGCUUUGUACUCGUCGCUCCCGCCGCACAUGCAGCAGCGGAUUUUCGAGCCCGCGCCGCCGGCCAGGGUCGCGGGGGGCAAGCCGGGCCGGAAGGUGGUGGUGUCUACGAACAUUGCCGAGACCUCUGUGACAAUCGACGGCAUUGUUUACGUCGUGGACCCGGGCCUGUCCAAGCAGAAGGUGUUCAACCCGCGCAUCAAAGUCGAGUCGCUGUUGGUCACGCCCAUCUCCCAAGCCUCCGCCUCCCAAAGAUCGGGUCGCGCGGGGCGGACCAGGCCGGGGAAGUGCUUUCGGCUCUACACGGAAUCGUCGUUCAAAACCCUACUUCCACCGCAAACAUACCCGGAAAUUUUGAGGAGCAAUCUGUCCACCAUCGUGUUGACCCUGCUGAAAUUAGGAAUCGAAGAUUUGGUGCACUUCGAUUUCUUGGACCCGCCAGCACCAGAAACGUUGAUGCGUACUGUUUUUUCUGUCAUUUGCACGGUUUCAUCUUUGAAAAACCUAAGGAUUCUUUGGCUUCGCUUCCCCUUCAUUUUACCGCAAAACCAAAACGUGAACGUACUUACUGAUCGUUAGUACUUACUGACUAUGAACAACACAAUACACAACAGACGCUUUGAACCACCUGCGCAACCUGGGUGCCCUGGAUGACAGCAUGCAGAUGACGCCGUUUGGCAAAUUGAUGUCUGAAUUUCCUCUGGACCCAAACCACGCGAAGAUGCUUCUUUCUUCCGCGACCUACGGGUGCGCAGGCGAGGUUCUCUCCAUCGUUGCCAUGCUUUCCGUCCCCUUGGUUUUCCACCGUGGAAAGGAAAAGGAGAAGCAGGAGGCGGCACGGGCCAAAGAGCAAUUUGCGAAUAUGGACGGCGACCACUUACAGCUGUUGGAAGUGUACAACGAAUUUCAAAGAAUCAAGAAGUGGGAAGACCCGGAACGGUGGUGCCGGAAGAACUUUGUGAAUUUCCGGUCGUUGACUUCUGCGGAAUCGGUAAGGUGGCAGUUGUCGUCCAUUUUGGAACGACUGAGCGUCAACGUCCGCGGGCUCGGCGGCAUGCGCGACCCGGCGUAUUUCCUGCAGAUAAGAAAAGCGAUACUCGCCGGGUGUUUUACGAACGUUGCGAGACUGCAGACAGAGGGGAAACACAAGGACAAAUACUUAAACCUCCAGGACAACCAAGCGGCGGAGCUCCACCCGUCGACGUGUUUGAAGCACAAGCCAGAGUGGGUGGUGUUCAACGAUUUGGUGUUAACCCAGAAGAACUACGUGCGAACCGUGACCAAGAUCGACCCGGCUUGGUGCCUGGAAAUCGCGGAUGAUUACUUCGCGGGCAAAUUGAUGAAGCUGCCCCAGUCCCAGGCGCUGAAGGAGCUCGCGGACAUGCGGGCGAACUCGGUGAACAUGCUGCAGGGUCAGGCGUCGAAUUUAGAGGCGCAGAUGCAGGCCCAGGCCAUGAUCGUGAACCAGCAGCAACAAAUGCUGUUGGAGCAGCAGCAAGCGGCCUUGGCGCUGCAAAUGCAGCAGCUCAAAGAGCAACAAGAGAGGCAAGGAACAGCGACGGGAGCCUCGAGUCACAGUGGAACCGCGAAUCCCUUUGCUUAGGGGAAACUCAUAUAAUAAUAAUCAAGUACAUCAUGUACAAGUACUGGAGUACUACACUUUGGCGACAGUUUAUCAUGGGUUUUUUUGGCGAAGACAAAAGUAGUUGAAAUGAUAAGUACUGAGAAUCUUCAGUUUAUUCGAUUAUACUACCAUUGGAAGGAUGAUCACAGUAUUGACAUCACAGAAGUGUCAACGAAUUGAAUUAUAAUUUCUUGUAACGACGAUGGUCGUGUGUGUCCGGCAAUCCGUAUGGAGGUCGACGUUGCGAC